GCAGCGGGCGCGCGCUAGUGUCGGCAUCGGUGCUGCUCGUCCCUUUCCAUAUCCGUCACCUUCCACCUCCUGGUACGAUCAGGGACCUCCGAGGAACAGGCACGACCAGAGAGAACCGGUUCCUAUCGGCUGGUGGAAAGCGGCACGAGGCGGCGCGAGCUUACCCGGGACACCGGAUUUCGUUGCGUCCAGCGGAUACCAAACGUUAUCCGACAUGAGCACCUCGACGUUCGUGGGGAAUUCGGAUGGUCUGGUGACAGGACUUUGUCCCGCGCCUCCACCUCCACCACCACCGCCUCCAGUACCUGGUCAGGUGCCGGCCAUGAGGAUCAACACCGUCGAGACACCAACGAUAAAACGGCCACAGAUAGCCAGCAACGACGCUUACGAGCCACCAGCGGCCAUCCAAAACGCGAUGCUGACGAAGGAUAAGAAGCCGUUCACGUACACCCCGGGAAUGGGUGGCAAGCUGGACCUAUCCCAGAUUCGAAGUCCACGAAUGGCACGCAGAGUGGCGAAGAACGCGAACGACGAAGGUAUCGAAGGUCCACCGAAGUCAACACUCGAACCGAAGCCGACACCAGCGCCAAAUACCGGGGCGAAUCUGUUCGUUCAGCCCCAAGUCGCGAUCCCUGUGUUCCCGACCAAUGUUCCGGUACAACCGCCGAACAGGACACCUGUAACACCUCCUGCCAAUAGGACACCUCCGACACCUCCUGCGAACAGGGCACCCACUACGCCGCCUGGGAACAGGACUCCUCCGACGCCGCCGGCGAAUAGGACGCCUCCGACGCCUCCUGCGAACAGAUCUCCUCCAAUUAUUCCAGAAAAGCAACCAGAGCCGAUGAAAAUCGUGACCAAAGUAGAGCCGAAAGUGGUACCGAUUGCUAUAAACUCGGUUCAGCCGAGUUCCCCCGAGAGUCCCAGCACGCCAACCCAGGUGACGCUGACUAAAGCGCCGACGCCCUGGCUCCAGAACAAGAACAAACCGCAGGAAGAGCUGCCCGAGUGGGCGAAACGUUCGAGCGUGAAUAAGCAAAGCUCGUCGCCGGAGAGUCCGACGUCACCGCCGGUUUACGCGACGGUUCAGCAAACACAGCCCCAGCAGCAGCCAGUGCAAUGGCAACAAACUCAACAGAAACAGCAGCCUAUUCAGCAGAGGCCUCAAUCGCAGCAGCCUCAACAGUUUAACCAGCAACAGCAACAGAGACGUCCUUAUUCUAGUCCUCCAGUUACGCCGCAGAACAAUACGCAAGCUUUUCCGCAGGAACGAGUGAUACCCAUUCGCAUCGAGGAUAGACCAUCCGUGUUCGACGUGAAGCAGGAAGCAGGUCAUCAUCAGUUCAAACAACCGAGUCCUCAUCAUCAACAACGAUGGGGUCAACCACCUGCUCAAGUUAUGAAUCAAAAUCAAGUUGUAAAUCAAGUGCAGCCACAGUCGCCUCAGCAUCAACCAUCGGGUGGUACCUUCAUCAUACCUAUUAUGGUCGAAGGCAAUGACAGGAAACCCGCAGGAGGACCUGCGUCCAAUACUCCGUACUCGCAACCGGUCAGGAAUAACGUAUCGAAUGUUGAAAAUCAAAGUGCAAAGGUGAUACCACAACGCGUGCCAGUACAGAUCCAGCAGUCAGAGUCCGGUCCAGUUCAGUCUCGAUCGUUCCGCGUCCUCCAGAAGAUCACCGACACAGACUCCAACGAUGUGGACUCAGAACAGAUACGGAAACUCCAGCUGUCCGACGAUGAUAGAGUUUUGAUGAACAAAUUUAAGGAACAAGUCGACAAUGAAUCUUCUCUUCAUCACGAAGAGGAUCCCAGAUAUCGCGGAGCAGCGAUACCGUCUCGUGCUUUCCGCUUCUUGCAAACCAUGACGGAUUCCGGUGACACCCCCGUUAUGAACACUGCACCGCGAGCGCAAUCCGCCAUAAACAAGAAGCAGAACAGAAAUUCAAAGACUUUCGAAGAAACGCAAGCGAACCUACCACCGAGCGAGCAACAGGUACCAGAGCCAAAGAAGUACAUGGGCAGCGCGAUACCCUCGAGAUCCUUCAGGAUAUUGCAAGCCAUGACGGCACCGGAAAGCGUCGCCACGCAAGAAAAUCGUCAAGCAGAUUACACCUGCCAAACAGAGAAUAACGUGCCGGGCAAUCAGCAGGGGGGUGUCAUCCUUCCCCCAUGUCCGCCUCCAUUUUGGUCCCCAGACAGUGGUUGGUGGAGUUACUAUCCUCUCCCUUAUCCCGGUGUCACCAACGAGUCGUUCCCCUAUCAUUCGGACAACACCGCCUACGUGUACUUCCCCGUUUACAAUCAAAACUACCCGGGUUACUACGACCCCGGCAAGAACGGGUACCCCAGUGUUUACGCGUCCUACGUAGUCCCAGGCUCUGCACCUAUCGAUAACUACUCUCAAGUCGAUAACGGUGUAACGAUGCCUAAAGAGAAUCACGAAGGCUCGAGAGAUACCGAGGACCCGACUCCUCGGUGGGACAGAGGGAGCCACGUGUCUAGAACCCCUAGCAGCAACAGCAAGGACAGUGAUUGCACCACAGCCAUGAACAUUACCGACGAGGAAGAGAUUCCUGAAGCGAUGGUUGUUUCAGAACCGAACGGAGACCAGCCGGAGAAGAAAACCAACGGUAGCUUGAACGUUAACGUGCCUAACUAUACCUACAUCGACACCAGCGACUCCAGCGACUCCAGCGAGUCGGACAACGAGUCCAUCGCCGACUCCGCUAAGAGCAGCAGCGACAACAACGCGGAUGACACGUCUUCCGACAGCGACGACUCCGAUUCUUACCUGGCGUACUCGACAGGGCUGAAUCCUCACGGUAGGUUCGAGGACAGCGACAAGACUAGUCCUGGAAACGAGUGUGACAUCCAAGAGUCUAGGAAUAAUACGGACUCCGACGAGGAUGAGCAACUGGAGGACCCUGAAGAGGUCGACACCAACGCGUUUCCUCAUAAGUUGAGCGUGAUCUACGAGGACGUAGAGCGGUCUGAUUCCGUGAGUCCUCGGCCGCAGGAGAACGUGGACGUCGAGGAGAAUGUGACGCCUUUCGAGGCCACGGAUGACCCGCCCGACGAAGCUGACACUACGACGGUGAGUGUCAGUCUACCGUUGCGGUUUAGGUUCUCGGUUUCGGAGAACAACGAGGACGUGACCACGGUGAUCGUUGGAGACAGCACGAUCAAACCCGAGAGAUCCUGCAAGGAUGAGGGUCGGGGUUCAAAGAGUCAGGAGCAGAAGAAGACCGAGGAGGUUUCUGCGAAUUUUUUGGUGAACAACGACACCAGCGUGGACUUCACCGUGAAGAGGGAUAGUUCCGAGAGUAAACGUAGAUCUAAGAACGAAAGAAAGGUAGAGAAGAACGAGGAUCCCGUGGUGCCUCACGUGAACUUCACUUUGAGGAAGAUACCGACGAGGUUCAAUAGAAUCAACUGCGAGGAGACGGUGGAGACGGAGUUCACGAUCAAGUCGAAGAAGACCGUAAAGAAGGAAGACGACAGGAACAAGGACGUAGAAGAGCGAACGAACUGCACAAACACGGACCUUGAAGAACUUGGGAGAACGAACUGUGCAAACAAGGACCUUGAUGCUUCGCACGAGGAAGUAAUCCUCGAAGAAACAACUGUAGAGACUCACGACAUUAACAGAAACAUCUUGAAACCCGAGGUGAUAGUCUCCGACUGCAACUGGAAAGAAGCUUCGGACUGUCAGAGUACAGAUUUGCAGAAUGAAGUUCCUCCACAGAACUCCACCGUUCAAGACAAUCACAAGAACGAAGAGGACGUCGAAGAGAAGACCAAAGAAGGCAAACAUUUACUGAGCGUGCAGAACUCCAGAGACGAAACCGACGACGAAGACAGUGGCGUCACGUCGGACAUGAGUCGCAUGAUCUCCGAGGUGGACACCGACUCAGAAUGCACCUCCUCCAGGAACAUGAGGAAGUACCAGAGAACUCAAACUCACUCGAGACUGUUCCGACUGUUGAACGACGACUCGAUCCUCCCAGAGGGCACCGAGACGAACGACACACCCAACAGAAGAAAGUACCUGAGUCUACCUCUGAGCAACAACGCGUUCAGCUACGACGAGAACUAUUGCUCCAACUAUUCCAGCGGCGUCACGUCGCCCGAGUAUUCGCCCAUGUGCGAGCAAUCGUGGCGAAGACUGCACGAGAGCGAAAACGCCAGGGUACCCGAUCAGAACGGAGACUCGUUCCGCCAGGGUCACCCCUUGACCCGGCAGGAACGCGUUUCCUGCAAGGAGGAUCCUUACUAUCAGGCCUGGAAGACGUGCAAAUCACCCGUGACCAGUGACCACGACGUGGUGCCCUCGUUGGCCUUCAAGGUCCUAGAGAGUAGAAGGCCGUUAUGGUCGUACAGGGUGAACGUGCUAUGUCCAAGAAUCAAAAGUACCAAGAGCGUACCUCAGGCGUUACGAACGAAUAACACUAGCGACAGUCCCGUACCCUCGAACCCAUCCGUGAACCUUAAAUCCGACCAUUGCUGAUGGCCCGGGGCAGAAUGAGGCCGCGUUUGGCCGCGAGCAACCGGUCCACGGACGAGCCUCGCGCAACUUUUCUCUAGAUUCGCAAGACUGGGCUGACUAUGCCCGGGGGGCUACAGGCUACGUGGUUUUUUUUUCUAUCGGUCCCGAUGCGACGGAUUACUGAAUGAACGCGGGUACCCCUUGAAACAUGGCGUUGCUAGUGUGUUUUCUUCUCUCCCCUUUUUCUUUUCGUUUAUUUUUUAUUUUGUUUACGAACAUCCGUAGCAAAUUCAACCGAUCGUAUUUGUUGCCCCGGUAGAUUUCACCCUCCUGUCCCCUCUUUUUUUCCGUUAUUCCAUUCUGAUCCACGGUGUGUGCACAUUUGUUGAGGGAUGAAAAUUGUAAAAAUUCGAAGGUUGAGUCGACUGUCUUCGUUCGAGAGGAAUCGAUGUUAGUCGGUUCGAAAAGUGUACUUUUAUCGAUACUGUCACGUUACCUCUGUCAUUGUGCUAUUUAUGUAAGUUGUGUACAAUAAAUUAUUUGUAAAGUUA